AUGGAGCAGCGUGAGGAGAUGCUGAGCCAGGAGAUGGCUUGUCUGCUGGAGGAGGUGGAAGUUCAUCUUCCAGAUGAACUGCAGGAGCAGGGCAAUCUUGCCUGGAGAGCCAUGCUCUUAGCUGCCUUCCAGCACUGGCGGUUCUGGGCCAUUGCCGGCGUCUGUCUCCUGCUCUUGGUGCUGUGCAGGUGGCUCAGGAAAUGGAUGCAUGAGCAGGCCUGCAGCAUGCAGGAGCUGUCCUACAGGCGCUGGGUGGUGAAGGAGCUGGUGGAGGAAGUCAUCCAGGUGUACCAAGAGCUCUCCCCUGGUACUUAUUUCCCAGUGAUCCAGCCACCCAUUGGGGUAGGCAGCACCUACGAAGGUUGGAGUCAUCAUGGGGAUGAUGCUGUCUACCGCCUGCUGGUGCCACUGAAAGCCGGUCGUGGCCACUCCUUCCGCUUGAAAGAGAGCCUCAUGGAGCAGAGGCCAGAGAGAACUUUCCGGGCCAAAGUGCAACUGAAGUGCACCUGCACAACAGAAGAACCGGCGGAGAACAUGCCGUGCUUCCUCCACCAUCCUGACAAGAGGCAGAGGAGACAUCGGCGGGAACACCUCCUCAGCGUGCUCUGCACCGGCUCCUACCUAGAUGUGCACAAAAUGGUCGCCUGGUUCCAGGACUUCGUGAGAUCCAUCUGGGGCGUGAGGCCUAAGAUGUGUCACUACCAUCUGAAGAUGCUGCCCUCCCCACGCUCCUGCAAGCUGCAGCUGACAGAUAGCCUGGGGAGAACCUUUGUCACUGAGCUGAUAUUUGGGCUGCAGCGAGGUGACUCGGACAUCUUCCUGUGCAGCUGCAGUAGAGAGGCCACCUUGACCACGAGCACAACAUGGUCAGCGAGCUGUGCUGUGGCAGAGGCAAAGUCCUUCCAGCAUAUCGCCAGGCAGGUGCCACGUGGCAGCUACCACCUGAAGUGCCUGCGUGUCUGCACCCAAAUCCUGGCAGGCACAGGCUUUUCAAGUGCUGCCAUGAAGGCCCUUGUGAUGCACCUCCUGACCACCACACCCCUGUCAGGCUGGUGCAGGGGAGCUUUUGUGGAACGGCUCAAGGACAUCAUGCAGUACCUGCAUUGCUGCCUGGAAAGGAAACAUCUCCACCACUUCUUCCUUGGCAAUGACAACGUGCCUGAGGAGAUAAGCUUGCCCGCUGCCUAUGAAAUGGCUGAGCCUCUCAAUCUUUUCCAGGGCCUGGCACAGGAUCCAGCUGCCCAAGCCAAGGCACUCUGUGAGUUCAAGGCAGUGGCUGCCGUGGUUGCCACACACGUCUUGGCAUCCGUUCUUAAAUCCCUCAUUUGGGAGUACAAAACCUUGGAUGUGAACUGGAUGAGGACACAGAGGAGCGGAUGGAGCAGCAUCGAUGCCUUACCCUAUGGCGACACCUACAGGCUAUCAAUACAAAAUGUUCACCUGCUCGUUAAGAGCCCGUAUGAGAUUCCAAAUGUCUCCCUUGAUUAUUACAGUACUUAA